UAGAGACCAAACUAUUUGAAUCCUUGACUAAUGUAUAAAUAUCGUACAAAAUAGGAAACGACAGAUUGGCGGAAAACUACUGAGUUAAAAAGAUGACCGAAACAAGGGUUCUUAAAAUAGGAUUCUUGGGCGCUGGAGCGAUUAACUUUGGUCGUUCAAAUUUGCCUUGGGACCACGCAUCGCGUCUGGAACAACUUGGGGGAAUUGAUGUCAUUGGCAUCGUUGAACUGGAUGAAAAGUUGGCAAGAAAUGUUCUUCAAAAACGACAGUCGUCUGCAAAGUAUGGUCAUUAUUACAAGAACUGCAAAAUCCUUAGCAACUACAAAGACCUUAUUACGAUGCAACCGGAUGCAGUAUUCAUAGGAAUCCCUCCCUCUUUCAGAGGGUCAUCUUCAGAAGGGAAAGAUCUCGAGCUUCAGUUCGCAUGUGCAGGAAUACACGUGUUUGUGGAAAAACCAUUGUCUGUAGUUCCCCCCGAGGAGUUUAUGCCCUAUGCAAAAGUUGUUACAGAGACAUGCAGGGAUAAUAACUUGAUAAUGUCUGUUGGAUACAUGUUCAGAUACCAUGCUGGUAUACUCAAAAUGAAAGAACUAAUAAAGAAUCAUGGUGGCAAGAUAAUGGCGUUAAAUGCCAGAUAUUAUGCUGCUUACACCGAUGGCGUCAGCAAAUACUGGUUCAAUGGCGAUCUAAGCGGAGGACCAAUCAUUGAGCAGGCUACACACUUCUGCGAUUUGGCGCGGUUUAUCGUUAGUGACGUAGAUCUUUCUACUGUCCACUCUCUCCAGCUCAAAGACUCUGAUCCAAGUGGCGCCGGCCAUUUGGCGCACAUCCCUAAUCACGAGGAGGAGGAAAUACCCCCUGAACGAAGAAACCCACGAGUAACCAUGAGUCACUGGCGAUUUAAGGACGGUGGUUUAGGCACACUUGGUCACUCGGCGGUCCUUCCAGGGAGAAGAUACGAAACAAACAUAGAUGUUCAGCUUGAUGGUCUCAAACUGUCUCUCAUUGAACCGUAUGGGAAAGAUUGUAUUUUGAGGGUUCGAAACAUAAACAAUAAAGACCCGAAUCAGGACCAAGACUUUACUUUUCCGACGGAUGACUGUUAUCUGACGGAACUACAGGCUUUCAUGAAAGCAAUCCGUACAAAUAAUACUUCUUUGAUAAGGAGUACGUACUCUGACGCAGCGCUUACGUAUCAGUUUACAUGGGCCAUCCAACGCGCCGCUUGAAUUUUUGGUUAUGCAUUGCAAGACUUUAUCAUUCGAUUGCAAUGAUUUCAUGCUAGUGUGUUUUACAUUUAGAAUUUAGAUUCUGAAUAAUUUGUUUCCUCAAAA